AUGGAGCAUGUAGAUUCUGAAUUUGCACCUAUAAGGAAAUCAGAAAAGGUUGUGGACAGUGACAAGAUCGUAAGAGCCAUAAAUGAUGACCUGGAGCAAAGAAACAUUACAAUACUGCAAAAUUUGAAUCUUCUUCCGAUUAAAAAGAACGCGGGCAGCUCAAAAGUUUCUAAGCCAAACCCAGUGAAGGGGCAGGCAGACUACACUUUUUACCAAAACUUCAAAUCAAUGGCUUUGCAGGAAUUAAACGAAAAUUACUCCUCAGUAAGCUAUGUUCCGGGCAUGAAUAAUUUUUUUACCAACGAGCUUGUAAAUAUGAAGGAUUAUGUUGUUUUCUUCAAUAAAGUUCAACAUAUACAUCAAUAUGGCGGCAUCGAUCGUGAAGUUUCUGAAAGACUAACAUUAGUCAAAUCUAAUGUCGUGAUUAUUGAAAUGAACGACUACUUAACGAAAGAGGACUUUCCCUUGAACAAAAUAAAAGAACACGCUAAAGCAAGAAAAAAUUUUCAAUAUAAAAUAAAUUCCGAUUCUGAAGUCGAUCAAAACGCCUUAGAUAGCACGUCUGAUCUGAUGAUGAUGGUUAUGAAGAAAAUAGGUCAUGAUAUGGGUAUCAACCACAUUGUUUACUUUAAACUGGAACAAUUAGAUGAAUUAUCUCCUUCAACAGUAAUAAUUCCUUCGAGGCUUACGGAAUUAGUUGAAGUUUUAUCUUUCCUUGAGAAAAAAAAUGAAAUUGCGUUCAAGUUUUUAGUUUAUUCAGAUAACAUUAGUAUUUCAUCUCUGUUAUCGGAAACUUUUAGAAAAGGACUCAACACAGAGCUCAGUGUAUUUGAAAUGCCGACACUAACAUGUACCCGAGUACAAGAACAUUUGAGAAAAAUGAUAAAAUUCACCUUUGACCCCGGAAAUAAGUUACUGCAGUUAUACAAUUUGUUCGUUACACGUCAGUUAAAUGAUAAACAAUCAAACUUGACUAAAUUUUUUGAAUUUUUGAGAUUCUUCCCGCAUCCCUUUACCUAUUUGUUUAAUGCUUACACUGAGAUAUUAGUGCAAAGUUCAACCUUUGAUGGUUUAUUGUACAGGAUUACUAACAAGUUGACAAUCAAUAACUACCCACACCGGACCUAUAACUUUAAGAGAAACCAGCGCCUCCCACACAAGGUAACUCGAGAAGUGCGUGAUAUAUAA